GGGUGGCGGUGUUUGUUGGAAUCAUUCAUUCUCUCUUGAAAUCUACCCAAUUUUCGGUCGAUUUUUCAGACAUCGGCUGUAAAUAGACAAUACUGCACUUAUCCACGAGUGUUAAUAUUUGUCUUAAUGUGAUAAUUACAGUCGCCGAUCGCUGGAGAUGUUGCGUUUUCUGAGGAAUUCUUUUCGAAGACGGCCGUCCCGCAACCGCAGGAAAGCAGAACAAGGGACGAGCGAAGUUCGGGUUCCCCCCAUCAAGCCAAAAAAGAAUCAUUUGAUAUGCCGAGUUAUACUUUUAGACGAAACAGACCAAACGUUUGAAAUACACAAAAAAGCUCUCGGACAAGAACUUUAUGAUCAAGUAUUCUAUACCCUUGACCUCGUAGAAAAAGAUUACUUUGGUCUUAGUUUUACAGAUGCCAACCAGAUACAGCAUUGGCUGGACCCCACGAAAAAUAUUAAAAAACAAGUAAAAAUGGCGAUUGUUGGACCUCCGUAUACUCUUAGACUCAAGGUCAAGUUUUAUUCCUCAGAACCAAACAACUUAAGGGAAGAAAUAACUAGGUAUUUAUUCUUUUUACAACUGAAACAAGACAUACUAAGUGGAAGACUUGAACCUCCGUAUGAAACGGCCGUAGAGUUAUCAGCUUAUGUUUUACAAUCUGAACUUGGUGACUUUGAUGCAGAAAUCCACACACCAGGCGUGGUGUCUGAAUUCCGAUUUGUUCCUAAUCAGACGGAACAAAUGGAAAUAGACAUCACUGAAAUAUUCAAAGAAUACAAAGGUCAGACACCAGCCGAUGCGGAAAUGAAUUAUUUAAAUAAAGCUAAGUGGUUAGAAAUGUAUGGUGUGGAUAUGCAUAUGGUACUGGGGAAAGAUGGUAAUGAAUAUAAGUUGGGUCUUACGCCGACUGGAAUUUUAGUGUUUGAAGGAGAGACAAAAAUUGGACUAUUUUUCUGGCCAAAAGUUACAAAGUUAGAUUUCAGUAAAAAGAAAUUAACAUUGGUGGUGGUGGAGGAUGACGACCAGGGUAACGAACAAGAACACACUUUUGUGUUCGUGCUGCAUAAUAUGAGAGCGUGUAAACACUUGUGGAAAUGUGCCGUAGAACAUCACACCUUCUUUCGACUCAGAGCUCCCGUCAAGGGCGUUAAUGACAAGCAAGGAUUCCUACGAAUGGGGUCGAGGUUUCGAUACAGUGGUAGGACAGAGUACCAGACUGCCAAACAGAAUAAAAGCAGAAAAUCGAUUCAGUUCGAAAGAAGGCCAAGUCAGAGGUUUUCAAGAAGGCCGUCACAUGCCAAAAGAGAAGCCAUGAAAGCGCAAGAAAGGCUAGCAGCACAGAGGUAUUUGAAUGCUCAACAAAACACAUCACUGCAAAGUACAUCGAAUGGUGAAGUGACGGCAGCAAAUGGAACAGCAUUGGCAAACUCCAGCCCAGCUGUGGACACACUAGUGACAUUGAAUGAUACAACACCUAUGGCUAUUACAACAACCAUUACCACUCCCACUGCAAAUUCCAUAACAACAACAGGAGUAGUAGGUAUCAAAGAAACAGACAUUGAUAACCUCACGAUGGAAAUCCAUGAUGAAACCGACCAAAAUAAAGGUCCGGAAGAAUCUGCCGCAGCCAAACUGAAAGGUCUUGAAUCGCCCACCACACAUGCAUCAACAACAACAUCAACAACAACAACAACAACGCUGUCACCUAAGGACAUAAACACUUUACCCAACAACCAGCAGCCCAUAGAUAAGCUGGCUGGCGCUGUAAACACGCUCACACCCGACAACAUGAAAUGUAACAUUUUGAAAGCAAAAGUUGAUAAGGAAAAGAAUUUGUCUAUGGGCAUGUAUGACACUGACAAAGUAAGAAAAGAUAAACUUGUAGUUUCACUGCCACAAGAAGACGGGGAAACAUCACCAACCUUGAUACGUACCAACUCUUUGCCUUCUCAAAGCAGUGAUCAGCUCACAGUUAAUAAAAGUAUGAAGAACUAUAGCAGUAUGCAGAAUGUUGGUUCCAUGAAUUCCUCCACAUCAAACACUUCGCCGCAACCACAAACCACCGCAAAAUUUACCCUGCGGAAUCUCCCCAGCCACACAAGCCCGAUAUCAAAGACUGUGAGAACGAACCAGACUGCUGAAGGUGAACGGCACUGUAACUACAAAACCAAGUAGUCUACCGGGUGUAGGUGGUACUGCUAGUACAGUAGCUGCAGCCACAGAGGGUCCAAUAUCACCGAUACUAGUCACAUCCCCCACGUCCAAACUACAGAGAUUGGAAUCAAAGCCCAAAUCAGAGAAAUCUGCUAGCCUUCCUGGACAGUACAAUGGAGGUGGAACAAACAGACCAGUGUCAACGGGCAGUGCAGUUUUGUCACCAUGGCAUGUUACGUCAGC